GACCCAUUGCUACAUUACUCACUGCAGUCCCACCCACGGGCUUGGCAUUGAACAUUACACCUUCAUAAAUACUGUUUGCAUAUUAUCAACUCGAUAAAAGCCAGAAUGUAUUUGUACAGAGCUUUUACUUACUUUUCAUAGCACAAAGCAGCUGCUUCCACUUCCUUUUCCUUACUCUUUGUGCUCCGUCUGACGGAGGAAGAAAGAAGUCGUACUGAUAAAAACUGGCUCCACAGAAGACAGUGGAUUCCGCCUCUAAAGGUUCAAUACAGAAACCACGGCACAAAUGGGCCUCCACAUCACCAGGCACUCCAAAGUAAAACAAGCUAAUAUACUGAUGUUAGGACUCGAUUCGGCAGGGAAAUCUACUCUGCUGUACAAGUUCAAGUCUGAUGACGUUUUUCUAACGAUUCCAACAAUUGGCUUUAAUGUCGAUAUGAUCGAAACGGGGAAAGAUUUUACACUGACUUUUUGGGAUGUUGGAGGACAAGAGAAAAUGAGACAGCUUUGGUGCAAUUUCCUGGAGAAUGCAGAAGGACUCAUGUAUGUUGUGGACAGCGCUGAUAAGCAACGUCUAGAGGAAUCAAAGAAAGCAUUUGAACUCCUUUUAAAGAAUGAAUCCAUAAAAAACGUGCCGGUCGUCGUGCUAGCAAACAAGCAGGAUCUGCCCGGAGCUUUAAACGCUGAGGAAAUAACCAGGAGAUUCCACAUGAAGAAGCACUGCUGUGACAGAAAUUGGUACGUGCAGCCCUGCUGUGCCAUCACGGGAGAAGGUCUGUCAGAAGCUCUCCAAAGGCUGACUGCAUUUGCAAAACACUACAGCAGAUCAAAGGAGAUCUCUACAAGUUUUAAGCAAAAGGAAAAAAGUUAAGAAUUUAUGCCGUCAGAUUUUGGUGAAUAUGACUCAAAAUAUUUUAUAAGACUAAAAUAUUUGAUUCUGGAGGACUCAUUUAUAAGUAAAUAAAUAUUUAUAAUGCACUGGGACGAUUUUAAAUUAUGUUCUUAUACCUGCAGAUGCUUCUGAGAUACGGCAGAUAUUCUGAGAUACGGCUUUUAUUAGUGGCACCACGCUCAGGGUUAUUCAGCUCAGAUGUGUGUGCUGAAUGGUAAAAGAGGCAGAGUUGACCAAUUUUUGUAGUUGCAAAGAAAAUAGGUGAGCAAUGCUUAAAAUGUUUGCGCCAAGUAAUUCAUCAAAAGGUAACAGAGCCAAGCAGUUCAUUCAGUAAGAACAGCAAGAGAUAAGAUGUUGUUUCAUUAGAUGUACUCUGCGGAUGUGUUCGUUGCUUGUAGUUGUUUGUAGCCUAAGCUCUUAGCUAUGUGCAAAAAGAAAUGUAACAUUAUUCAGUAUUUGUUUGGAUACUAUUGCAUUCUAGGACCGAUUACUAUGAACAGAUUUUAACAAGCAGCAUCUGCUCCUGCCAAGCCACAGAUAAAUCUGCUUGUAAGGGGUAGGUCUGCUGUCACACUGUUACCCCCCUGUCCCUCUGCUGCUGUUUGGGGCUGCUGGUCAGCUCUUAGAAAUCAGGACGGAUCCUGUCCUGCCUGUAGCAAAGCCACCUUAGAUUUUGUUACUGAGUAAUUUAGUUCUGAUUAAAUCUGACAUAAGAAGUGCAACAAAGUGCUGAUCCUGUUGCUACAGCUUGGGGAUUAAAAAAAAAAAAAUUGAAUGAAAUUUCUGUUGAGUCUUCCUGAUUCAUGAAGGAGUGAAUUAGUAUUCUGAAUGCUUUAAAGCAACGAUGGAUUGUUAACUAGAAGACUAAUUGAACUGUAUCGACCGUGAAAACAGUUUAAAUGCUAAGAUGGAAAAGUUAAUAGAGCCUGUUCCUUCAUAAGGAAGUGAAAAAGACCGUUGGUUAUGUAGUUAUUGGUUAUACAAUCCCAGAACAUCCAGCCCAUCUAUUUCUGCCUUCUUGAGCCAUGUCUGCAGAGGUAGGAUGCUCCGGGGCUCAGGAUGUUUGCUUAGACACCUGGAUUUCUUCUCCCCUGCAUCUAUCACAAUCGCUGGCCAUGUCCUUCAGUCACUCAGCAGCCCCUUGGCAAAAGGAUCUCUGAAAAGCUGUGGCAAAGCUCAGCACGUGUGCCUGGUGUGCAGGAAGUUUGCAUUUCAUUCUUAGUAAUAAACAGGCAGGAAUUUCAAGUUGCAGAAGGGUGAAGAAGUGAGUAAAGCCCCCAGCUGUACCCUGCUGUCUCAUGCAUGCGUUAUUCACAGACGAGAAGCCAUCAGGUGAAUUCACUGCAGUAGUGAACAAAGGAAGCUUUCUCAGCAGAAGCUGUUAUUAACACUGACAGCAAUUACUGUGGGCUAAAUCCUGAGUCAUGUUGAGCCUACGUUUCCAAGAGCAGAGCAGGUCUGCAGACUCGACAUUGCCUGGGCUGUUCAUUCAGAGUCAGUGUAAAAUACCUUCUAGCACAGAAAAUAUUUCUGAUGAAUGCGCAACCAUGGAAAUGUUGU